GGCAGGCGCCGCUUCCCUGACCGAACACCCUCGCCUCGGGGCGGAGCGGCACAGGUGCGGCUGAGUCGGGCGGCCUCCUCGUCAAGAUGGCCGAUGUGCGCCGCCGCCCGCUGGCUAGAGCUCCAUUGCUGCGCGCCGCGCUCUGUCUGUUGUGCUGGGCCCCGGCGGUCGUGCGCGCCGUCCCCGAGCCUGGGCGCUGGGCAGCGACUGUCAGCGACAAAUCAGGGCCUUUGAUAUUUAGGAAAAUUAUGUUUAACUCAACUGAUAUCAAGUUUUCUGUUAAGUCAUUCCAUUGUUCCGGGCCUGUGAAGUUUACCAUAGAGUGGCAUUUGAAGCAUUAUACCUGUCAAAAUGAAUAUUCUAUGCUGGAUGAGCUGUCAGAGAAGCAUGAAAGUGUUGGUGAAGACUUCUGUGGUAAUUAUUUCAAGGACACUGAAUGUUGGACAACAAAAAAUGAAAAGUUAUAUUGCGACAGUAACCUGCAGGUGUUUCCCUCAUUAUAUAAUAAAGAACUAGUUACAAAUAUGAGAAAUGUUUCAAACCAGGAAGAAUCAAUGGAUGUUGUUGCAAGAACACAGAGAGAUGGGUUUCACAUCCUUAUCGUUUCAUUUAAAACAGAAAAAACCGAUGCAAACUGGAAUUUGAAUGUUUCUCUUUCUAUGAUGGGACCGAAAGGGUAUCUGUCUGCGUCAGAUUGGCCUCUCAUGAUUUUUUACAUGGUGAUGUGCAUUGUCUAUAUUUUUUAUGGUGUGCUGUGGCUGAUGUGGUCUGCCUGUUAUUGGAAAGAUAUAUUAAGAAUCCAGUUCUGGAUCGCAGCUGUCAUUUUCCUGGGAAUGCUUGAAAAAGCAGUUUUUUAUGCUGAAUACCAAAACAUCAACAACACUGGGCUAUCAACCCAAGGUUUGUUGAUAUUUGCGGAGUUGAUAUCUGCGGUUAAGAGGACGCUGGCCCGCCUCCUGGUGAUCAUCAUGAGCCUGGGAUACGGCAUUGUGAAGCCUCGUUUAGGGACAGUCAUGCACCGGGUGAUUGGACUGGGGCUUCUCUACUUUAUCUUCGCAGCAGUCGAAGGCGUGAUGAGAGUCGUUGGGGGUUCUAGCCAUUUAGCUGUUGUUUUUGGUGACAUUAUUUUAGCAAUUAUCGACUCCAUUUUUGUAUGGUUCAUUUUUAUAAGUUUGGCACAAACUAUGAAGACUCUGAGGCUAAGAAAGAACAUGGUGAAAUUUUCUUUAUAUAGGCACUUUACAAAUACUCUGAUCUUUGCUGUUCUGGCUUCUGUAGUGUUUAUGGUGUGGACAACUAAGACAUUUAGAUUUGCAGAAUGUCAAUCGGAUUGGAUGGAAAGAUGGGUUGAUGAGGCGUUUUGGAGCUUCCUUUUUUCACUUAUCCUUAUUGUAAUAAUGUUUUUGUGGAGACCAUCAGCAAAUAAUCAAAGGUAUGCCUUCAUGCCCUUAAUAGAUGAUUCUGAUGAUGAAGUUGAAGAAUUUACAGUAACAUCUGAAAAUUUAACUGAAGGAAUAAAAUUAAGAACCUCAAAAACCAUUUCCAAUGGAACAGCUAAACCUGCUACUUCUGAUAACUUUGAUGAAGAUUUGAAGUGGGUGGAAGAAAAUAUUCCCUCUUCAUUUACAGACGUAGCUCUUCCAGUGCUAGUAGAUUCAGAUGAGGAAAUCAUGACCAGAUCUGAAAUGGCAGAAAAAAUGUUCUCUUCGGAAAAGAUAAUGUGAUUGGAACCAUAUACAUGAAACAUAGUUAAGAGUGAAGGACUCCCCGGACUCACAGAGGUCAUGCAACAAGUUUUUAUUGCAUUAUCUUGAAAUCAGUGUAUUAAGAAUUCAGGUGGUGUAUGGGCUCUAUACCCUUUUUAAGCAGCUCUUGAAUGUCAGUUUAAUGUCCUUUAAAUUGCCUGGAUUUAGAAAUAAUCUGAGAAAAGUAUUAUGAUCAAAUAUAUGCCCAGAUGCCCUGAGCUGAUGCGUGGCAGCUGUGUGGAUUGGAUAACGUAAACACUGCUACUGUUCUUUCACUGACCUCGGAGGUAGAUAAAGCGUGGUCAGACACUGUCUCCAUCUCUUGGGUUUAUAGUCACUGGCUGCAAUGAUAAUUUCCUUUGACUUUUAUACUGAAGUGAUUUGGUAAUGAGUAACACUGGUUUACAUUGGAACAUAGGAUAUUUACACGGCUGCAUGUGUGAGAGUGCACACGUUUGCACCAAGACCUGUUUGUCAUUACCAUGGUGUGUAUCACAUCAUGGACAUCUUCACUCUUUGAGCUCAGUGGACACAAGUACAUGGAGAGAGAGGUCUUGAGGGUCACUUCUGAAGAUUUGCUCUGCCACUGUCCCCUCACUCAGGCUGUUUGUGCAUGUGCUGCUGCAGAACGUGCCCGGGACAGGUGGUGGACACCUGGCUACGAGGCUCCCCAGAGCACUUCCUCCCGGGUUGCCAUGCAGGAAACUAGGGCCUUAUCUCUUACGCAGUCUUGGAAUAUUUGAUUUCAUAAUAGAACGUAUGUUUAACUGUACAUCACGGUUAAUUUUGUAAUUAAUCUCUUAACCUUUAACUGUGUUAUAUACAUUAUUUUGUUACAAUGUGUAAUUCUAAAUUUUUUGUUUUAAUUAUUUAUGAUGCAGAACAUUCUAAACUUGAAAGGCAAUUGAAAGUAGUGUGAUGGAAAUGUGACUGUUUGCUGCUUUCAUGACCAAAGAUUCGGAGCUAGUAGACAUUUAGAGUAGGAAUUAAAGUUAGAAUCGUGUGUGUCUUUCUUUGAAGGAGUUCUAACCUUGUAAAUUAAGAAUGACUCCAGGGAAUUAUGAUUGAGAAGCAUUAAAGUCUUCACCAGUAUAAAAACCUAACUAUAACUUUGUUUUUCAUCGUGAAGCCACAAAAGAUUUUUUUCAAAAUUUUUUCUUUGGAAUUUAUUUCUCAUUUACCUAUUUCACAAGGGAUAGUAAAAAAAAAUUAUUUCCAAUAGUAAUGUUACUUGAAAGAUAACUUUCUAAUUUAUUUUCAAUAGUGAUUAUUAAACAGUGUUCUACUGAACAGGACGUGCUGGUCAGGAUGCCUCCACUUUGGGUGUCCUUCCUAGAAGAAGAGUGUCCUGUUUCACGGUGUGGGUUCCAGUCCUUUCUCACUGUCCCGCUCUCCAGGGCUCCCACCCUGUACAUUUCCCAGCAUUCAUGUCCUUUCUGGUUUUGGUGUAUUUCACCCUCAGCCCAAGUUGUUUCAGACCAGGAGGUGACCACUGCCCUCUCAUUCCUAAAAUUUUUAUCUAAUAUCACUGUCUGGAUUUCGAGGCAGAUUCACUCCAACUCCUGUGGCUGUUGCUGAAUUUCGAAUGUAGAAUCCUGGGUGUCCAGCCAGUAGGAGCUGCUGGCUAGUGAGGUAAGAGGGGACUGAUGGUCAGGGUGAGACAGGAAACUGCCUUUGACGUAAUAACCUCAGUAGUGUUUAUAAAAACACUGCUUUCUGCAGCUGGAAAAAUUAAUGCUGGAACCUGGAAGGCUUAGCUGCAGGCUAAAAUGCUGUCUUCCCUCAUCAUCCAGAGAAAGUCGGGUUCCCUCCUGAUGGCCUGUCAAAAAUGCUUUUUUCAAAGGGCCUGCACUGUGUCUGUCAUUGUCAGUGAUCACUGUAUCUUCUGCUAACUCUGUGACCUGAAUCAAGGAUUCUUGUGCAGGGUCUUCUGAGCAGCCUCAUAUGAACAGGAGCGGGGCGCCCUAGGGCUGAUUGUUCAUAGAAAGGGCACAGGAGAAGUAACACCCGAGGCCACCGGGAGCUCUCAUCCUGCUUCUGCAUGAAGGCUCCAGAAACUGCCCCUCAAGGUCAGAUUAGUUUAUUCUUAAGAUGCCAUCAAGAUGGGUCUUCCAAUAUAUUAAGGAAGGGAUCUGAGAAUAACAGUCCAGUUUUAUGUUUUUCUAGGCAAAAGGCUUAGAAAAGCAGCUUGUAAUUCAUGUUAGAUUUAUAUGAUGUGUGAAAUUUGCUUAAAAGGGAAUUUUCAUUAUUUGAGUUAGAUUAGUAUUAGUAUCUGCUUUAAAGGAUAGCUAAGUUUAUUUAUUUCAAUAGUAAGAAAAAAUAGAUGAAUGUGUGAAUUUUUGAGGUUGAGAGAUGCGGUUUCCAUACUUUUUCUGUAAGGAAAAUAAUUUUUUUAAUCUUUCCUAUCCUGUAGACAAUACCAGCUUUACCCCUGUAAUAUGGUACAUUAUGUUUGCACUACUAGAACAUCAAGGCUGAAAGUAUAAAAAUGUAUAUAAAAGGUUGAGUUUUAUAUCCUUUUUUAAAAAGGGGCUUGAGUCUAUUGCACCAAACUACCCAAAACUGGUUUUAUGUUGAGGUGUUAUGCUAGAUUUAUAAGUCACUGGUUUUGGUACUUGUAUCUUUGUAUGAUCUACAGCAUGCAAUAAGCAGUACAAAACACCUGGUCUUAUACUGGUAAUUAAAGUUCUAAACAUAUCAAAUGUAUAAGUGACAAACAAGACUUUUAAGGAAGUGUAGUACAUUAUAUAAUACGGGAGCCCACUAUGCACUCCAAAACUACUUUAGAAAUAGGAAAACAUGUAUUUGGGGAGAAAGUUUAGGGACUUAAGUUAUAUUUUUCUAUUUAAAAAGUUAAAUUAUUGUAUGAGGAAGAAGUUGCUUUUGAUGUAGGAUAAAACUAUUGCAAAGAUUUUUGUUUGGAAAAUUGAUGUAUUUUGUGCCUUAAUAAUUGUUCUGACUUUUAAUAAAUUACUUUCUGAAGUUUUGGAUUGUUGAUUCUUGAUAAUAUCUGUUAGUGCUAGAUUGUGUACAUCUACAGAAAAUGUAGACUCCAAUUGAUGGCAGGACAUAAAAUUUUUAAGAGGAGAUACAACUAAUUAGCAAACAUGUAGAAGUGUUAACUUCAAUGGUGAUCAAAGAAAUAAAAAAUAAAAUGUAGGGGAAAUUUUAAAAAAUCAAAUUGACUUAAAUGUUUACUAUUAUAUAUUUGUAAAAUCCCUUUGCUUUCAAAGUCUGAUGAAAUGAGCAUGCAUGCUAAUGAUGG